UCUCACGUCGAUAGCGUUACUCGUUCAUUCGAUGUACUCCACUUGAAAACACGUCUCUCACUUAACGUCGAUAUAGUUCGAAGAAUUUGAAACAAGAGGCAUUCGUAGCUUUGUAUUAGAAAGCUUUACAGCUUUAAGACGUGUUGGAAUAAAAAUUACAUAAUGACAGAGUAUAAGCUUGUUGUUGUGGGAGCUGGAGGUGUUGGCAAGUCUGCUCUUACGAUUCAGUUGAUACAGAAUCAUUUUGUAGACGAGUAUGAUCCUACUAUAGAGGACUCGUACAGAAAACAAGUAGUCAUAGACGGGGAGACAUGUCUUUUAGAUAUAUUAGAUACAGCUGGUCAAGAAGAAUAUAGUGCAAUGAGAGAUCAGUAUAUGAGAACUGGGGAAGGGUUUUUACUAGUGUUUGCUGUAAAUUCGGCUAAAAGUUUUGAGGAUAUAGGUACAUACAGGGAACAAAUAAAACGAGUAAAGGAUGCAGAAGAAGUACCAAUGGUAUUGGUAGGAAAUAAAUGUGACCUUCAACAAUCUUGGGCAGUAAAUAUGACACAAGCAAGAGAAGUUGCCCGUCAGUACGGUGUGCCUUUCGUUGAAACUUCUGCAAAGACUAGAAUGGGAGUAGACGAUGCUUUUUAUACAUUGGUCAGAGAAAUACGGAAAGAUAAAGAACAUAGGGGAAAAGAGAAAAAGAAACAGAAAAAAAGAGCAGGUAACUCGAGCCGUAGGAAACAUCGAUGCUGUUUGCUUUAAAUCACCGAAUAACAUUAAUUCUCUCAUUCGAUUCAUUAAUACAGAUAUAAAUUGUAAAAAGCAUUAGAUUAUGUUCACU